AUGCAGAAAUAUCCAAAUCCUAUGAAUCCAAGUGUAGUUGGAGCUGAUGUAUUAGCCAGACAUAUAGAUCCCACUGGAAAAUUGCAUAGCCAUAGACUUCUUAGCACAGAGUGGGGAAUGCCUUCAAUCAUAAAAUCGCUUAUCAGUGCAGCAAGAACUAAAACAUAUGUUCAGGAACAUUCUGUAGUUGAUCCUGUAGAGAAAACAAUGGUGCUUAAAUCCACUAAUAUUUCAUUUACAAAUUUGGUUUCAGUAGACGAGAGACUUAUAUAUAAACCACAUCCUCAAGAACCAGGAAAGACCAUUUUGACUCAAGAAGCCAUUAUUACUGUGAAAGGAGUAAGCCUUAGUAGUUAUCUAGAAGGGCUGAUGGAAAGUACAAUAUCAUCUAAUGCUAAUAAAGGCCGUGAAGCAAUGGAGUGGGUAAUUAACAAAUUAAAUGCUGAGAUUGAAGAGUUGACGGCUUCAGCAAGAGGAAGCAUGAGGACACCGAUGGCAGCGGCAGCAUUUGUAGAGAAAUGAUAAUUGGCUAUUUAUAUGAAACAUUAAUAGGUCCACCAGGGUCUCUCCAAGCUGGUAACAUAUUUAUUCAUAUUUGUU